CCAGAAUGUUCUACGAAUCCUGAUUCUGUAAUCUGACAGUUGACAUUUGAAGUUUUCUCAUUCUCAUUUCAUGGGAUCAUUUACAUUUUCGUCAUAACAUCUGUUUUACUAGAGGAAGCAUUUUAGGCCAGUAUGAAACCAGUAUCAUCCACAUCGCCAAAUAGUCAUGAAAGGAAGCCUAAUGAGCGGAAUGAAUCGGAUGGUCGUAAAAGGGUAGAAUCUAGCGAUCCUGAAAGAAUUAAAAUAAUAAAACUGUGUGAAACGAAGCACGCUUUAAGCAGUAAUAUUGGAUUGACUUGGUUUAAGGCUUUAGAAGAAGAGUUCUCCAAAGAUUACUUUGCAAAACUCUCAAGAUUUUUAUAUUGUGAAAGGGGUGGAUACACAGUAUGUCCAGAACCCGAACUUGUUUAUGCAUGGACUCGUUAUACAGAAAUACAAGAUGUUAAAGUUGUCAUUUUAGGAAAUGAGCCAAGUCCUAUAGCCAACAAAUCUCUUGGUUUAGCAUUUAGUGCACGAGGCGGGUAUGGAAUUCCUGAAAGCUUGAAAAACGUAUAUAAAGAACUUUCUAUGGAUAUAGAAGGAUUCAUACCCCCACCUCAUGCCUGUCUUGAAGGAUGGGCUUCUCAAGGGGUAUUAUUACUGAAUAUUUGCCUCACUGUUCGAACGCAUUGGCCGAAGUCUCAUCAACACAAAGGUUGGGAGAACUUCACAGAUGCUGUGAUUCAAUGGAUAAAUAGUAAUUUAUCUCAUGUAGUUUUCUUGCUGUGGGGUAAAAAUGCUCAAGAAAAAUCUGAGUUGAUUAAUAAGAGAAAGCAUCUUGUCCUUACUGCAGCUCAUCCAUCAGAAUUAACUGCUCAUCUAGGAUUCUUCAGUUGUCGCCAUUUUUCCAAAACGAAUAUGUAUUUGAAGAAAUAUAAUAAGAAACCUAUUGAUUGGGCCCACUUACCUAUCUAAGAAAUAUUUUCUUGUGAUAAGAUGUGAAUCUUAAAAUACUAAUUUUAUUACUUAUUGUAAAUUAAGCUAUUUCAAAUAACUUUUAUAUAAGUGUCA